AUGGCGUUGACGCCGUUUCAGAUUGAGGCCUGGGUCGAAUUCGCCAUUGGCAUUACUAUUUUAUUCUCGCGCAUCGCGUACCGGACCAAGUUGGUGGGACGAAAUUGGGCGGGCGACGACUACUUUGCCGUCGCGGCCGUCUUGUUUCUGGCGGGGGAGACGGCAAUGCUGCACGUUAUAGGACUAUGGGGAUCGAUUGUGGGCAUGACAGAGGAAAAGGCCCUUCAGCUCAGCGAGCAGGAAAAGGAAAUCAUUGUCAAGGGUGCCAAGGCCGACAUUGCGGGCUGGUGCCUGUACAUUACCCUCAUUUGGUGCUUGAAAGCGUGCAUGCUCUUCUUCUACCGUCGACUGACUCUCGACACAUUUCAGAAGCGGCUGGUCCUGGUGGCCGGCGUGGCGUGGAUCUGCUCAUACGUGGCCACGAUUGGCGUCGUACUGUUUCGUUGCCUUCCCUUUCAUCGCAACUGGCAGGUCUACCCUUAUCCGGGCGACGAGUGCGGUACGCCCAACCAAAUAUUCCUGACCCUCGUCAUCACCAACGUAUCGACCGAUCUCCUCAUCCUCUACAUUCCGCUGCCCCUCCUCUGGGUCGUCAAGAUUCCCCUCGGAAAGAAAAUCAUCUACGGCCUGUGGCUCACCACCGGCAUCUUCGUCGUCGUCGCCAGCCUCCUCCGCUGCAUCCUCUCCAUCCGCUACGCCAACGAAGUCGACGUCUCCACCAUCUGGGCCAUUCGCGAGACCUUUGUCGGCAUCAUUUGCGUCAACGCGCCCAUCCUCGGGCCCUGGCUCGUGAAGAGGUGCAGCCUCUGGGCGCACAGCAUUUCUUCUUCCUCGAGACGCGGCUCCAAGAAUGGCGGCGGCGGCGGUGACCACAACGGCGGUGGAGGACUGCCGACAAUCAUUACGAUAGGCCAACGCAGCAUGCGCCUCGGUCGCCUUAAAAAGGACGGCAAGGUGGACGGUCGAAACGGCGCGAUGACGGGCUGGACGACGAUUAAUGAUAGCGACGAGUGCGUGCUGGAGACGCGCGCUGAGAGGGAGGAUAAAGACAGAGGGGUCAAGGGUGGCAAGAGUGCCAACAACACGGUGGCUGUUGCGUCGAUGGCGUCGUCGUCGACGACGGCCGUCAACGACAUGGUAUGA